GGAGAGCCGAUUUAGCUAAGUCCAUGGUUAUCAUAUUAUAUGAAGUGAUCAUUUGCUUGAUCAUAGGAGAACUCACCAAAAUUUGGCCACUCUCUCUAUAUACGGAUCUUCAUACUCAUGAUAUGAAAGGUCGGAUAUUUGACACCUCCCGGUUUGAGGUUUUUCGGACCUAUAUCAUGGCAAAAGUGACAACCAUAGAGACUCUUUGGCCUUUACCGUGA